AUGUUUAUGUGACAGCUUACUCGCGGCUCGGUGAAUGAUUCAGACUGUUCAGCGGCCACAGGUGUGUUGAAGUUUUCAUGAACAGGAAUGGGAGUAAGAAGAAGGGAGAAAGGAAGCGAAGCAGCAAGGUGAUUCCUGGACAAACUGUGUGUUCAUACCAGGUUUGCAUUCUGACCUGCAAGCCAAUGUAAGUCGUGUUGAGUGACUGCGUGUGAAAGAGGGACUAUCACCAUCCUCAUGUCCUAUGGAGGAGGCUUUUACGGACGCACUGAGCGUGUCCGCCAGGCGCCCCACUAUGACCAGGUUCCUCAGGACUCCUUACCCGGAGCAGACUCCUAUGACCUGAGAGAGUCGAGGACCCCUCCUCUGGCUCAGAGUGCAGACCCUCUCCCCCCUCCGCCUCUGCCUGACCAGCCCCCUGUCGGCCCCGAGUUCGAUCCCAGCGCCAGCGAGGACGAGCCCGAAGAGGACCCCGCCAUCGACAUCAAACCGGUCCACCGCUUCAUCCCCGACUCCUGGAAGGACUUCUUCAGAGGGAGCAAGCGCAGUAGCGAGAAGGCGUGGUCCAUGCCUUCCUCGUCACACAACAACAACAACAGCACCAGCGAGGGGGUGCGCUGCUCCCCCCCACAGUCCCCCUCCGAUCCCGGAUCAUACCGAGACCCUUAUGGCGGCUCGGGCGGCAGCUACAACUCGCACAAGGAGCUCCUGGAAGAACGAGACGGCAUUGGGUCGGUGUCGGGGCACACCCACCACACGGGUCUGACCUACAGCGAGCGGGUGGAGGAGUACCACCAGCGCUACGGCUACAUGAAGUCGUGGGCGGGGCUGCUGAGGAUUCUGGGCUGCGUGGAGCUGCUGCUGGGAGCAGGCGUGUUCGCCUGCGUCUGCGCGUACAUCCACAAAGACAACGAGUGGUUCAACAUGUUCGGAUACUCGGGUCCUGGAGCUUACGGAGCCGGUUACUACGGCAGCGGCACAGGCACGGCGUACUACAACGGCCCCAACACCCCCUUUGUGUUGGUGGUGGCGGGGCUGGCCUGGUUGGUGACUGUGAUUGUGUUGGUGCUGGGGAUGACCAUGUACUACCGCACCAUCCUGCUGGACUCGUCCUGGUGGCCCCUGACGGAGUUCAUCAUCAACCUGGCUCUGGCGGUGCUGUACCUGGCAGCAGGCAUCGUCUACGUCAGAGACACGACUCGUGGAGGGCUCUGCUCCUACCCGGUCUUCAACAACCCCGUCAACGCGGCGUUCUGCAGAACGGAGGCCGGCCAGACGGCAGCCAUCAUCUUCCUGUUUGUCACCGUACUGGUUUAUCUGAUCGGCGCCAUCGUGUGUCUCAAGCUGUGGAGGCACGAAGCUGCUCGCAGGUACCGGGAGAGGUACGGCCUGGAGAUGCAGCCCUCUGAGAUGCCGGCCAGGCGGCCAGUGAUGCCUCCAGCUUCUGAUCCGCUUCCCAGGAUGCCGGAGCAGGUCCAGGGCUCCUCUGUCGUUCCCAUCCAAGCUGCACCAAAACCUACAAAGGUCGUUCAGGGAGCGAUACCGUCGGGACACAUCCCAAAACCCGUCGUGGUGCCCGACUACAUCGCGAAGUACCCAACCAUCCGGACGGAUGAACAGCGGGACCAGUACCGAGCUGUGUUCAACGACCAGUAUGCAGAAUAUAAAGAGAUCCACUCAGAUGUGCAGGCCACCCUCAAGAAGUUUGAUGAGAUGGACGCCAUGAUGCGCAGCCUGCCUCAGCAUCCCAACAACCAGAUGGAGAUGGAUCGCAUCAAGAGAAUCCUGCAGGAGUACCAGCGGAAGAAAAAUGACCCGACUUUCGUGGAGAAGAAGGAGCGCUGCGAGUACCUGAAGAGCAAACUGUCGCACAUCAAGCAGAAGAUUCAGGAGUACGACAAAGUCAUGGAGUGGAACGACGGCUACAGCUAAACGUCUGCGGUGCCACCAGACCGGACUCUUUUCUGCUAAGUUUGUUUUUAAUUUGCACUGCAGGCGUCUGAGAGAAGAACUUCUGUCAGCAGAUUGUUGGUCGGAGCUCACGUGAGAGACGCUGAGAGAAAUGAGCUGGUUCCUGCUUUCAUGCAUGUCGCUGGUUAGCUGAGCACAAAGGCUGGAAACGGGGAAGUUUCCAAGCGCUGUCCUAUAGAAGCAAAAUCCCUCUGUCAGUUUUUCCACAACACGAGCACUCACCCUUCCACUCCACGUUGACUCCUUUCAUCAACUGUUGUCUGUUCAGGUCGUAUAAAAGGAGAAAAAUUAAAAAACAAGUCACAGAUAUCAUAUCUUUAACAAGAAAAAUACAAACAUGUCCUCUUAUUUCAUGUCGGAGAGCACCUGGAGGUCCUGUGAUCCGGACGAUGUUUAACAGUCCAACACAUCUGGGAUGAAACUGGGCAGAAUUUGGAUCAGAAGUUAGAGUUUAGUGCAUAUGAGCUGCUGACUUAAUGUUUAUGUUUAUCCAGGUUUGUGGAAUAAACGUAGUAAACUACUCAGGGUCUGGACCUGCAGCUGUCUGAGCUAACCUCACAUUCAUGCAUAUCCUGGUUUUCUCAGCCUUUAGAGAAGCUGAAGCUGUAAAUCCUCCAUCGUUCUUGUGGUUUUUUUAUUUAGCUGCUCCUUGAAGCCGGUCUGAAAAAUUACGUUUCAAAAAUUCAUUUAAAACCCUGAAAAUGUGGUAAAAUUAGUCUUCGUGGAGAACACGUUUCAUCCACCAGCGAGCCCUGAAGGAAAAAUCCUUCAUAUUUACAGACAGUCUCGUUCAGCUCACGGUUAGAAAAUGAUUCUGUUUCACGAACACGUCAGCGGGUUUUAAGCAGCUGAAAAGUGGGCGGAGUUGGAAUUUUCUGGAAUUUAAUCACAAAUUACAGACAUUAAUAAUUUCUGCUGUUUAUUUGAUGUUAGUUACUAAUACAGACAAAAGAUCUGUAGCUGGAGACGUCCUAAAUGAUGUUUACAGCCAAACACGUUUAAAUCGUGUGCUGACCUGGUCUGAAAAACAAGUCCACACCUUAAAUUAGCCUUUAUUCUAAAGUCAGUUGGAGACGACAUAAAACAAUGUUUUUAUAAAUAAACAAGAUAAUU